GUGAGUAGUCCAUUCUUGGGCACUGGACGACGCAGGGAUGGAGGGUUCGAAAGAAGAGGAGGAGAUGGAGCGGCCAGUGGUGCGCACCCUCUUCCGCCAGUCGUCCGUCGAGAUGCGAGUGUACCCCGUGCAGGACACCAGCGACAUAUCCUCCGAGGAAGACGAAGACUAUACCGAAAAACCCCAAGCAGGGCCGGUUUUUAUUUACACGCGAGCCGCGAACGCCGAGGAGCCGCAGGAGGAAUUUCGGCCGCGGGUGGUGAGCGCCGUCGAGAAGCGGCCACUCGCCAAGGAAACGACGGGCCCAGAACCACCCAGCCGCGUCUCCAGCCUCAACACCACCCAACACCUCCAGCCCAUCCAAAACAGAUGUGCAGGCGAGUUUGAUCUGAGCGUUUCCGAGUUGAAGGAAACGGAAAAUGAAGUUAAAGGUCCAAUUUCACCUGCAGUUAAUAUUUCAACCAUUUCAACCAUGGAGCGGAAAAAGGUGCAGUUUAUGACGCCGGAUAAGUCGGAGCCGCAGUUCAUCGAACUGAUCGAGCCCCCCGCCGCCCCGUCGCCGCCCUCGCAGCACCGACACUCCAGCAAGGUUGAGUACGCUGAGGCGACCUACAGCGUCGGCUCCCUCAAAGCGCAAGAAAUGGCUUCACCUCGGCCCAAAUCGCCGCGGCCUGGCACCAAUUCGACCAAGCCCGACAAGGAGGAGAGCUUUUGGGAGAAAAUCGGCACCCUGGGCAGGAAGAAGCGCAUCAAAGAAGUGCAAGAAGUGCAGGAAGAGGGCAAGUAUGCAAUUGACUCGCCAGGCAACCCUAUUGCAGCAGACCUUCCGCCUGAGGAGUAUGCGUUGGAUGAGAACGAGGAGCGUUCGAUGAUCACGCCGCAGUCGCUGGAGGACCGACGGCUGCGCGAACUAAUGGAGGUUUUGAUCGAGUGGAUCAACGACGAACUCGCCAGCCACAGGAUCAUUGUCAAGAAUCUCGAAGAGGACCUGUAUGACGGACAGGUGCUGCACAAACUCAUUGAAUCGCUGACUGGUGAGUACCUGGACGUGCCUGAGGUGACGCAGUCUGAGGAGGGCCAGCGACAGAAACUCAACAUCGUUCUCGCCACUGCCAAUAAAGUGUUGGGGCUGCCGAGGUGGUCGCAGAACAAGUGGAGCGUGGACAGCAUCCACUCGAAGAACCUGGUGGCCAUCCUGCACCUGUUGGUCGCCCUGGCUAGACAUUUCCGCGCACCAGUGCGUCUGCCUGAGCGCGUCGGCGUGCAGGUGGUGGUGGUGCAGAAGGUGCAGGGCGGCGCCCUGUCCCACCGCACCGUCACUGAGGAGAUCACCUCCACCUACGACGACCUUGGCCUGAGGGGUGAGCGCGACGCAUUUGACACACUCUUCGACCACGCUCCGGACAAACUCCAGGUUGUCAAGAAGUCUCUGGUGACUUUUGUCAACAAGCAUCUGAACAAACUGGGCCUGGAGGUGACCGACCUGGACUCGCAGUUCCAUGACGGCGUCUACCUGGCUCUGCUGAUGGGCCUCCUUGAAGGCUUCUUCGUGCCUCUCUACGCCUUCUACAACACACCGCAGGAUUUCGACCAAAAGGUGCACAACGUCAAUUUGGCAUUUGAACUUAUGCAGGAGGUUGGGCUCGGCAGACCCAAAGCCAGACCUGAAGACAUCGUGAACCUGGACCUGAAGUCGACCCUGCGCGUCCUCUACAACCUGUUCACCAAGUACAAGAACUUGAGUUAGACGCAAACGAAUAUUCCAGUCACUAAUCAAAUUAAAACUCAUUUCAUUCAUUCUGUUAGCAAACUAAUUUUUAAGCUUCUUGUAGAUAUUCUCAUUUCGUGAUUUAAAACUGCCUUACUGUUGUAAACGUUGUGCCUCAAAUUACGCAUAAUAGUGGAUUGAAAAUAAUGAUUGUUGAAAUAAUUUUGAAUAAUUUUAUUAACAAAGAACUGAGACGUCCAAUAAAAAUUUCUGAUUAACUAAU